UUUAAAGUUUAGUUCUAAAAUCACCAAAUUGAUAAAUACUGUCUUGAAGUGAACAUACCCUUUGGAAAAAUGUAAAUACACAAUAGUACUUGAUGUAAAAAUAAUUGGAAAAUCUAUUGCAUGUUAAAAAAAAGGAAUUUUAAAUAAAAUGGGUGCUAAUAAAUUUUCUAAUCUUCAAAAAUGUGGUGAAAUAUUAAUAGAUAUAAAAACAAAGAAUAGAAAAAACAAAAUAUACGUUUUUCAUUGCACAUUUUGCGACAUACAGUGCGAUCAAUUAAAGAAAUUUUCCCUUCACCUUGGCGAAGUGCAUUUAAAUGAUUCUGAAAAUAUUUUAAAAGAGUCCGAGCUAAAAUUGGAAACCGAACCAGAAGAGGUCAGAAUUAGUAACCCUACAGACAUAGAGAGCUCAAAUAUUAAAAAAGAUUUCGGUAGCAAUGUACAAAACAAUACCUAUAUAAGUCCAGAUCCUUUAGAUACAGUAGACCUCCCCGUAAGUCCAAACUUAAGUCAUGACACUGUAAAUUACGUUGUCAAAUGCGAAUUAAAAGAAAAUUCCAAUGAUGGAAGUACUUAUUGCGAAAAGUACGAAAUGAACUGCGCUGCAUCCACCACAGUUGCCAGUGAUAAUGAAACCAAUGAAAAACUUGAUAUUUCAAAUUUUUCUAGUGGCUAUAGUGAAGAUGAAAUAAAGGAAGAUAUUGAUGAAAUUCCGCUUAAAAAAAUAAAAAUUAAUAUUACUAAAAGGCAUAAAAGAGUAAAGCAAAAGAUACUUACAAAUGAAAUAGGCACUGAUGAAUCUAAGGAUGCAGAAGAUAAUUCUAAUAUAUCCGAAGUAAGCACCGAUGAUUCUCGUGAUUCUGAUUUCGAUAUUAAAAAAGAACUAAAUACUAAGAAAAAUACUAUAAACACCAAAAAGGAUGUUGUAAGUACUAUACAGUUUAUACAUAUAAAUUCAUCUAAAUAUGUUUUUUAUUAUUUUUUAAUAGAAAAAAGAAGCAAAACAAAGAAAGGAAUCAAAACAAAAAUUCGUAAGUAUAAAAAUAUAAACAAUGAAGAAAAAGAAUCAAAUGCAAUAAAAAAACAUAAAAGAUGUAAAAAACGUUGGAAAAAUAUAGAUGAAUCAGAACUACCCGUACUAAUUGAAAUAUAUAAAAAAUAUGAAGUUCUAUGGCAAGUUAAUGACAUUGCAUUUGGUAUUUUACCCAAAAGAAAUGAAACUUUUGGCAAAAUGAUUGAAGAAUUAAAAACAAAUCAUAACUUUGAUAAGAAUCUGGAUGAACUACAAGAUUAUAUCGAUUAUAUAAAUUACAUAUUCUUUAAAAAUAAAGAACAAGAACUUAAAUGUGAAUUAGAUAAAACCGAGUUUACACCUUCAUCAAAAUUUUAUAAAGAAUUAUCAUUUUUAAGCGAUAGCCAAGGUCCAUUUAAAUGUUCAAAUUGUAAUGAGAUUAUUGCAAAAUACGAUCGUUAUCAAAUACAUGUAGCUCAGCACAAUGGUACGAUACCAUUCCAAUGUCGUCUUUGUGAGAUGGGAUUUCAGAAAUUUGACAACUAUAUAAGACAUGUAACCAGACAUUUAGGCAUUAAUAGCUAUCACUGCAGUGUGUGCGGUAAAGGUUAUCCAUUUAAAUCAGAGUUAGACUGGCACUUAACGUCGCACACUGGAGUCAAACCCUACUUAUGUCCAAUAUGUGGUGCUGGAUUUAGAGCUCGUCACGGUUAUGAUAAUCAUAUAAGACGACACGAAAAACGUUUUCGCUAUGAAUGUCAUAUAUGCAAACAUGGCUUUAAUCAUUUAUGUAAACUGAAUACUCAUAUUAAAUCUCAUCUCAAUAUACGCGAUGUCAUAUGCAAUGUAUGCGGCAAAGGUUUCACUGCAGCUAAAUAUCUACAUAGACAUAAACUUAUACACGAGGAAGAAAAGCGCUACAAAUGCAAUGUUUGCGGUAAGGCAUUUGCCCAAGAUUCUGGACUACGAACACAUCGAAAACAACAUCAACCCUAUGCUACGAUAGCGGAAAAUAAAAACUUAUUAAAUGUAUUUAAAUAGUUUAAUAUUUAUUUGAAUAUAAAAAAUUUAUAAAAAAAAA